AUGGGCAACAGUCUGAAAGCCAUAGUUGCUUUUGUGCCCUCCGACAAGUGUCAGAAGUACCUCCUGGAAGACCUAGAGGAGAUGCCAGUGGAUAAGAUGGUGGAUCUGAGCGGCAGGCAGCUGAGGCGGCUGCCUCUGCACAUUUGCUCUUUUAGGGAACUGGUCAAGCUGUACCUGAGCGACAACAACCUGAACCAUCUGCCCCCCGAGCUGGAGCAGCUGCAAAACCUGCAGAUCCUGGCGCUGGACUUCAACAACUUCAAAGCACUGCCCCUGGUUGUGUGCACGCUGAAGCAGCUGUGCAUCCUUUACCUGGGCAACAACAAGCUCUGCAGCCUGCCCUUCGAGCUCCGGCUCCUGCAGAACCUCAAGACCCUCUGGAUCGAGUCCAACUGCCUGCAGUGCCUGCCCGAGGUGGUGUGCGAGCUCAGCCUCCUCAAGACCCUGCACGCCGGCUCCAACGCGCUGCGCACGCUCCCCACCCAGCUGCGGUGCCUGCAGGAGCUGCGCACCAUCUGGCUGUCGGGCAACCUGCUGUCGGAGUUCCCCCCCGUGCUCCUGGACAUGCCUUUUCUGGAGGUGAUCGACGUGGAUCGCAACUCCAUCCGGUUCUUCCCCAGCCUGGCUCACCUCCCCGGCCUGAAGCUGGUGAUCUACGACCACAACCCCUGCAGGAACGCACCCAAAGUGGCCAAAGGGGUGCGCAGGGUGGGGAGAUGGUCAGAGGAGUCCCCCGAACCCCGCAAGCGGUCCGGGGCGGUGAUAGAAAUCACGCUCGAUGAGAAACCGUCUCCACCUCCUGCCACCAAGCCCGAGCCAGAAGCUGAGCCCUGCUAA